AUGUUCUUCGUGAGCCUACCAGGAGAAAUGUUAAACAGGAUGAGCAACUGGCUCAGGCUGGACGUGAACUUUUUGAAUGGGAAUGUGAAGAGAACAGAGAGUGCAAACAGAAACAACUUGACUGAGCAGAAGCAAGGGCUCUCUGAAUCUGAUGAUCUCCGUGGGGACCCUGCACUCAGCCUUCAAAGUGUUCCUGCCCCCCAGGAUGCUCGUAAUUCAGUAGUAGAUGCUGGUGGCCUUGAAAGCAUCACCCAGUGUCCCCAGCAGCUUCCUCAGAUGAUGGCUGCAGCUGCGGAUGGUUUGGGGAGUAUAGCGAUAGACACAACCCAGCUCAACAUGUCGGUGACAGAUCCCACAGCCUGGGCCACCGCCAUGAAUAAUUUGGGCAUGGUUCCCGUGGGGUUGCCCGGACAGCAGCUUGUGUCUGACUCAAUCUGUGUACCAGGUUUUGAUCCAGGCCUCAACAUGAUGACUGGGAUCACCCCCAUUAACCCAAUGAUACCAGGCCUGGGGCUGGUGCCACCCCCACCGCCAACAGAAGUGGCUGUCAUCAAAGAAAUAAUCCACUGCAAAAGUUGUACUCUUUUCCCUCAAAAUCCAAAUCUUCCGCCUCCUUCCACGAGAGAACGACCUCCUGGAUGUAAGACUGUGUUUGUCGGAGGAUUACCAGAAAAUGCUACUGAGGAAAUUAUUCAAGAAGUCUUUGAGCAGUGCGGUGAUAUCACAGCGAUUAGGAAGAGCAAGAAGAAUUUUUGCCACAUUCGCUUUGCAGAGGAAUUCAUGGUUGAUAAAGCCAUUUACCUUUCUGGUUACCGGAUGCGGCUAGGGUCCAGCACCGACAAGAAGGACUCGGGCCGCCUUCACGUGGACUUCGCGCAGGCCAGGGACGACUUCUACGAGUGGGAGUGCAAGCAGAGGAUGCGCGCCCGCGAGGAGCGGCACCGGCGCAAGCUGGAGGAGGACCGGCUGCGGCCGCCCUCGCCGCCGGCCAUCAUGCACUACUCGGAGCACGAGGCCGCGCUGCUGGCCGAGAAGCUGAAAGACGACAGCAAGUUCUCGGAGGCCAUCACGGUGCUGCUGUCCUGGAUCGAGCGAGGCGAAGUGAACCGGCGAUCGGCCAACCAGUUCUACUCCAUGGUGCAGUCGGCCAACAGCCACGUCCGCCGGCUGAUGAACGAGAAAGCCACGCACGAGCAGGAGAUGGAGGAGGCCAAGGAGAACUUUAAAAAUGCCCUCACCGGAAUCCUCACCCAAUUUGAGCAGAUUGUGGCCGUUUUCAACGCUUCUACCAGACAAAAAGCUUGGGACCAUUUCUCGAAAGCUCAGCGCAAGAACAUAGACAUUUGGCGAAAACAUUCUGAGGAGCUCCGGAACGCUCAAAGUGAGCAACUCAUGGGCAUCCGCCGCGAAGAAGAGAUGGAAAUGUCGGAUGAUGAGAACUGUGACAGCCCUACUAAAAAAAUGAGAGUGGAUGAAUCAGCACUGGCUGCUCAGGCCUACGCUCUUAAAGAGGAGAACGACAGUCUCCGUUGGCAGCUGGAUGCCUACAGGAAUGAGGUGGAGCUGCUGAAACAAGAAAAAGAACAGCUUUUCCGCACAGAAGACAACCUCACCAAGGACCAGCAGCUCCAGUUCCUGCAGCAGACCAUGCAAGGCAUGCAGCAGCAACUGCUGACCAUCCAGGAGGAGCUAAACAACAAAAAAUCAGAGUUGGAACAAGCAAAGGAAGAGCAGUCUCACACACAGGCAUUACUUAAAGUCCUCCAGGAACAAUUAAAAGGUACCAAGGAAUUGGUCGAGACCAAUGGCCACAGCCAUGAGGACACAAAUGAAAUCAAUGUGUUGACAGUCGCAUUAGUCAACCAAGACCGAGAGAACAACAUCGAGAAAAGAAGUCAAGGCUUAAAAUCAGAGAAAGAAGCUCUACUAAUUGGCAUCAUAUCAACGUUUCUUCAUGUCCAUCCUUUCGGAGCCAAUAUAGAAUAUCUUUGGUCAUACAUGCAGCAGCUGGACUCCAAGAUAUCUGCAAAUGAAAUUGAAAUGCUCUUGAUGAGGCUGCCUCGCAUGUUUAAACAAGAAUUCACAGGCGUGGGAGCAACGCUGGAGAAAAGGUGGAAGUUGUGUGCCUUUGAAGGAAUUAAAACUACCUAACUAUGAAAAACAAACCAACAAAAAUCUCUGGAAAUGAAACUGCCUGAAGGUGGCCAGGGCUGUGCAGUGCGAGGCAGGAGGCCUGGGGUUGCCCGUGUGGGCCCUCGGCCGAGCCGGCAGGGCCUGACUCGCUGCAUCUGUGGCGUUCUCUUGUGAGUGGAAAUGUAAUUGUGCACCAGUUCCCUAAAACAAACAGAGCUCCAUACUGUGACAGAUCUGUUUCCUCUGAAAACCAAACAAUGAUUCCACAGUCAUAAUGAUGGCAAAGUCUUAAAAUAUGUUACAUUUGAGAAUAGCUCACCAAGCAAAAUAUUUAAAGUUAAUGAUGGUGUAGCGAUGGUUGUUGCUAAGCUGCAAAGUUGUACAUGUAAUAUAUAGCUGAAAUCAUUCAAUGACAUUUUCCUAAAAGUCUCUGUUUCUGUUUUAGCAAAAAAGCGGAAAAAAAAAAAAAAAAGUAAUUUUACAGUGAGGAAAAAUCAUACCAAAAGAAAACUUGAAUAUGUGUCUGACUGAACAGUUAUUGUAUUUUGUAAAUUAAGUUAUAUGCUAUUCCAGGGACUUUUGCCUUAUUGAAGAGGCAGAAAAUGUGAUUGGUCUCCUUGGGAAUGCUUUAUCAAGAAUAUUAUUUUUCUAAUGUAACAAUUCUCCAUCAUAAGUUCUUUUAACAUGGGCUGCAUAACAAUUUUCAUAAAAUGUAAAUAAAGGAAAAACUAGUGCUACUGUCUUGUACUUGGUAUGUAAUAUUCAGGUUUAUGCAUCAAAAUAAACAUUCAGUAAAUAUUCCUGUUACAAAUUUUAUAGCAAAGACAUUAAUUUUUUUCAAUAAAUAUGACUUCUACCAUA